CUCGGGCAGAUCGGGCAGUUCCAUUCGGGCAGGCAGGUCUGAAAAGCCACUGCACACGCCCAAAAAGUUGCUUCUAAUCUCUCCAACACAUUCCGCAGUAGAGAGAGAGAGAAAGGGAGAGAGAUUUAUGGUGAGAGAAACGUAAAACAGCAGAUGAAAAGUUAGCAAAACAAGAUACGUAAAGAUCGUACUUAAAAAGGGCAAAUUUUGAAAAUUUCGUGGUGUUCUUUCCCCAUUUUUCCCUUUUAUGAGAUCAGGCUUUCAAUUUUGAUUCUCCUGGUGUUUUUCUUCCCCGAAAUGGUGGAAACUUGAGGAAAUUUGGAGUCUUGUGGUUAGGGUUUUUGUGGGAUUUUGUGCUAACUUGUAAUGUUGCCGUUGUGUGUAUAUUAUUUGGAUCUGAGAGACGACAGUUGAAGAUGACUGAAGCAAAAUAACAUAAUCCCUCAACAACAUUGUGUAUGAAUGUGAUGGGGAGCAAAGCUCUGAUAUUGUUUUUAGCGUGUUCAAUCAUCGUCCUUCAUCCAGGGAAGCUCAUUUUUGCGAAUAUGGAAGGUGAUGCGUUGCAUAGCUUGAGGACUAAUUUGGAUGACCCGAAUAGUGUGCUCCAAAGUUGGGAUCCGACCCUUGUAAACCCUUGCACUUGGUUUCAUGUCACCUGCAACAAUGAUAAUAGUGUCAUACGAGUUGAUCUAGGAAAUGCAGCUCUAUCUGGCACAUUGGUUCCCCAAAUUGGUCUGUUAAAGAAUUUGCAGUACCUGGAAUUAUACAGCAAUAACAUAAGUGGCCCAAUUCCAAAUGAUGUUGGAAAUUUAACAAAUUUAGUGAGCUUAGAUCUUUACCUCAACAGUUUUUCAGGGCCAAUUCCUGUCACAUUGGGCAAGCUUUCAAAGCUGCGAUUCCUUCGGCUCAACAACAACAGUUUGACUGGUCCAAUCCCAUUGCAGUUGACUAACAUCACAUCUUUACAAGUUCUGGAUUUAUCAAAUAAUCGUCUGUCAGGAUCAGUUCCAGACAAUGGAUCUUUUUCACUAUUUACACCAAUCAGUUUUGCUAACAACCUGGAUCUUUGUGGUCCGGUCACCGGGCACCCCUGCCCGGGGUCACCUCCAUUCUCACCACCUCCACCUUUUGUGGAGCCACCACCAAUUUCUCUACCAGGUGGAAAUAGUGCCACCGGAGCUAUCGCCGGAGGGGUGGCGGCUGGGGCGGCACUGCUGUUUGCCGCCCCUGCUAUUGCAUUUGCAUGGUGGCGGCGUCGAAAGCCUCAAGAGUUUUUCUUUGAUGUGCCUGCUGAAGAAGAUCCAGAAGUUCAUUUAGGACAACUUAAAAGAUUUUCUUUAAGAGAAUUACAAGUGGCAACGGAUAGUUUCAGCAAUAAAAACAUAUUGGGUAGGGGCGGAUUUGGAAAAGUCUACAAAGGGAGAUUAGCAGACGGGUCCCUCGUUGCUGUAAAAAGAUUGAAAGAGGAGAGGACGCCAGGUGGCGAGCUCCAGUUUCAAACAGAAGUUGAGAUGAUUAGUAUGGCUGUACACCGAAAUCUCCUUAGAUUAAGGGGCUUUUGUAUGACACCAACUGAAAGAUUACUUGUUUACCCCUACAUGGCUAAUGGAAGUGUAGCAUCAUGUUUGAGAGAGCGGCCUCCAUAUGAGCCACCAUUGGAUUGGGCAACCCGAAAACGGAUCGCAUUAGGAUCCGCCCGUGGACUUUCUUAUUUGCAUGAUCAUUGUGACCCAAAAAUCAUUCAUCGCGAUGUCAAAGCUGCAAAUAUUUUAUUGGAUGAAGAGUUUGAAGCGGUUGUUGGUGAUUUUGGUUUAGCUAAGUUAAUGGAUUAUAAAGAUACACAUGUCACGACAGCUGUACGUGGCACAAUUGGCCAUAUUGCCCCUGAGUACUUAUCCACGGGCAAAUCGUCCGAAAAAACCGAUGUUUUUGGAUAUGGAAUUAUGCUUUUGGAGUUGAUUACGGGUCAAAGGGCGUUUGACCUUGCUCGCCUUGCUAAUGAUGAUGAUGUCAUGUUACUUGAUUGGGUUAAAGGGCUAUUGAAAGAGAGGAAAGUGGAAAUGCUUGUGGAUCCGGAUUUGGAAUCGAAUUAUGUGGAUUCGGAAGUUGAGCAACUGAUACAGGUGGCAUUGCUGUGUACACAAGGGUCUCCAAUGGAGAGACCUAAGAUGUCUGAUGUGGUGAGAAUGCUGGAAGGUGAUGGAUUGGCUGAAAGAUGGGAUGAAUGGCAGAAAGUGGAAGUUUUAAGACAGGAAAUGGAUUUAGCACCACAUCCUAAUUCCGAUUGGAUUCUUGAUUCCACUGAGAAUUUGCAUGCUGUUGAAUUAUCGGGUCCAAGAUGA